UGCGGAAAAUCCUACCUACUAGCUGGGGGUGGGUGGUGCUACUUCCUCCUCCUUCGCGCAGUCGCCUCGAAAUCUGCGGCUCAGAUCCUCACGCCCAUCUCUUACAAGGUCCUGAUACCCCCACCUCAAACCAAUUCCAGCUGCAAAUUACCGCAGGACCUGAAUCCAGGAAAGGAACCAGUGUCCUACCCUGGUCUGCCCUUGCCCAGUGAGGCCCAGUGAGGCUCUCGCCAGCCUUUCUGGCCUCAUUGACGCGCUCUUCUGUGCCCCGGGGACCCUCUGCCUCCCCGACCAUGGCCCAGAAGCCGAAGGUAGACCCCCACGUCGGGCGGCUGGGAUACCUGCAGGCGCUGGUCACGGAAUUCCAGGAGACGGAGAGCCAAGACGCCAAGGAGCAAGUCCUCGCCAACCUUGCCAACUUCGCCUAUGACCCCAGCAACUACCAGUAUCUGCGACAGCUGCAGGUCCUGGAUUUAUUCCUCGAUUCGCUGUCGGAGGAGAAUGAGACCCUGGUGGAGUUUGCUAUUGGCGGCCUCUGCAACCUGUGCUCAGACAAGGCCAACAAGGAGCACAUCCUGCAGACGGGCGGUGUCCCGCUCAUCAUCAGCUGCCUGUCCAGUCCCAACGAGGAGACUGUGCUCUCCGCCGUCACCACGCUCAUGUACCUGAGCUCCCCGGGCCCCGGCUGCCACCCUGAGCUGACCGCACUGCCCGUGGUCCAGUGCAUGCUGCGCUUCUCUCUCUCUGCCAACACGAGGCUCCGGAACCUGGCCCAGAUCUUCCUGGAAGACUUCUGCUCCCCAGGCCAGGUGGCCGAAGCCCGCCGCCAGCCGGCUCACUCUGCCCUGGGCAUCCCCCUGCCACGGGCCGAGGCCUCACAGCAGUCCUAAUGCAAGUCCUCAAGGCCGUGGUGCCCUCGUUGCCAGAGACAAGAUCGAAAUCCUGGUGGGGCCUAGGGAGCACGUUCUCCCCAAAUGGUGCCUUUGCAGCCAUGUAACAGGUGAGUUUUCUCAGCGUGACAGGUAUCACACUGUGAUGCAAGGCAUUGGGAGAUGAGCUGAGAAAGACAGACGCUGAGACACGUGAGAAGUCAAAGGCAGUGCCAAUCUCUUAAGCUGGCAUUCUCAGCCGAGGGAAGGCGACGGCCCUGCCUCCAGACACGCCACACUGCCAGGCUUCUCACCCUCAUGAGGGAGCAGCAGCCAGCUCCCUCGACCCAGAAGCUGUUGCCGAAGGCGGUUCUCUUGUGAGCAGCUGGGCUGGGCUUAGGAGCACUGCCCGAGCCAGAGGAAGGAGGCAUGACCCCUUACCCGGAGCGUCUGGGGCACUUCUGAGAAACAGGAAUGAGAAGCCGCGGCGCUCGGCCAGGGGCACGUGUGGCUCCCCGGGGAAGCGGCGGAGAAAGGACCGUAGGAGGCCAGCCUCAAAGUCGGCUAGCACGCCGUCCAUGUCCACCAGCACCCGCACAGGCCGCGCGUGCCGCACCACCGUCGCCAUUGCCAGGACCCGCUUUCGAAUCGGGAGGCCUCAUUAUUAAAACUAUUGCGAGGCUCUGGGAAGCUGGCUCACAAGCUUUCCAGGUUGGGCGCUGGGCACGGUGGACAUGGGCCUGUAGAGCUCUGUGGCCCAGGAUGAACCAUUUGUCCACACUGGCCUAUCUGCCAGACCGGGUGUGACGGCUUCAAAGACAAAGACAUGGUCCUUGCUCUUGCGUGAUGCAGCCCAGUGACUUAAUGUGGCCAUUGGGCGUUAAGAGCGAGGCCAUGCGGGUGAGGAACACUGGCACCAACUCUAGGAGCUGCACCUUCGCCCCCACCCCCUCCCUUCCCUCCUUCACCCAAAAGCCCUGGCCCCUCCUCUGCCAUCAGGGUUAAGUGCAGGGGAGUCCCUGUCCCUGAAAAUGCAUCUCAGCCUCAAGAGGGCUUCGGGGCUACAUGCAAGAGUGGGGCUCAGGGAGAUGGGACCAGACAGACAGUGCGUGGCCCACAGUCCACGGUGUGUGCUGGUGAGCACUGGGGAGGGGGUGUGGGACAACCAUGGAAGGUUAGCGUUCGGAAGUAAUGGGGAGUCCUGGGCAGUUGCACUCCCUUAAUGUGGACCUCCUACAAGACCAGGGAGAGGCAGAAGUGAGGAAUGGCGUGGGGGGCUGUGGGGGGCAGGACCUAGGGCCACUGGAGGUAGGCAGAGGAAGGCCUCUUCAUCAGCCUCCAUUUCAGCUGCAGCCCUUGGGCUCCUCCCUCUUUAUUUUCCCAAAUA